AUGAGAGGAAAACGCUCAAAGCAAUACCGCAAGCUCAUGGAGCAAUUCUCCAUGACGUUUGGCUUUCGCGAGCCAUAUCAGAUUCUAGUGGACGCAGAAAUGAUUAAAGAUGCGAACCGAUGCACUAUGGAUCUAGAGGCCAGGUUACAGAGCACAGUUCACGGCAAAGCGAAGCCAUUGAUUACCCAAUGCGAGAUCCGAAAACUCUACGCCGAGAAAGACCAGCCUGGCGUCAAUGCGGCAAUCGAACUGGCAAAGACAUUCGAACGAAGACGCUGCGGCCACCACCCCAACGAGUAUCCCAAACCUCUCGAGACCAUGGAGUGCAUGCGGUCUGUUGUGGAUCCCAAGUCAACAGGCGAGAAUAAGCACCGCUACGUUGUAGCAAGCCAGAGUCUGGACGUACGGAGAAUGCUACGAGGAAUUAGAGGAGUGCCGUUAAUAUACAUCAAGCGGAGCGUCAUGAUUCUGGAACCCAUGGCGGAUGAGAGCGUGCAGAUUCGAGAGCGAGAAGAGAAGCGCAAGUUUAGAGCAGAACUCAAGAAUACCCUGGGCAAGAGGAAGCGUGAGGAAAAGGAAGAACGAAAUGGUGGUGAGGGCGAGGGUGAUGGUGACGAUGAUGGAAGCGAAAGUGACGACGACGACGUGAAGCAAAGCAAAGCGGCACAAGAAUCUACGUCAGAGAAGAAGCUCAAAAAGAACAGAGGCCCCAAAGGGGUAAAUCCUCUAUCCAUGAAAAAGAAGAAGCCUCAGCAGGGACCAAAGAAGGAGGCUGGCGAGAAACCAGAGGCUGUGUCAGAUGCACCAGCUAAGCGGAAGCGAAGAAAGAAGACUAAGGCGGAGAAUGGGACAACGUCCAGCGGUCCAGAACCAAGCACAGUGGCUCCAAGCAAUGCUGGAGAGGAGAGUUGA